AUGAAGGCCGGACUUUUAUCUCUGUUGAAUCCGACAUACAACAUUGUGUUUUGGAGUAAGGAAUCGAUAAUUGCUCCCACGCUUCAGCAUGACACCAAAAUACCCCUUCAGAAUGCUCGCGAGUUUCGUGACAAUGAAUACGACAGGGAGCCAUUAUACCUUAGAGAUAAGAAAAGGGGCAAAAGAACCAUUGUGGGCAUCAUUUUGGGAGUUCUUUUAAUCGGAGGCAUUGCAGCUGUCCUUGCCUGGUUUUUGACACAAAGGGGUGUAGUAUUCGGUGAAAUGAGUCUAGACCAAGUAUUCUAUGAAGAACUCGCCAAUUCGUCUUCUCCAAAAUUCAAGAAUUUGAGUACAGAAUUAGGUGGCGCAAUUAAAGAUGCGCUGCAGAAAAACUCUUCGGAAUACGGAGAUAAAUACCAACAUUGUGACGUGACUAAUUUCAGGAACGGAAGCAUAGUGGUUCAAUACAAGGUGUACUACGAGUUCACUACUACUAUAAUCAUCGAGGAAACGGUCCAAAAAGAUAUCAACAGCUCCCUAACACCAAUAAAUUCCAGUCAUACACAGUUGUCUAAUUUUAAGGUCAUAACAACGAGUUUGACUAUCACGGUAAAUGUUGAGACUUAUGUAAUAGAUCCCAUAACAACUAGUUCAACAACAACAUCAACUACAGCACCAGCAACAAAAACCACAACCGACAGUUCCACAGGAACCACAUCCGACAGUACCACAUCGACUACAGCACCAGCAACAGAAACCACAACCGACAGUUCCACAGAAACCACACCCGACAGUACCACAUCGACUACAGCACCAGUAACAGAAACCACAACCGACAGUUCCACAUCGACUACAGCACCAGCAACAGAAACCACAACCGACAGUUCCACAGAAACCACACCCGACAGUACCACAUCGACUACAGCACCAGUAACAGUAACCACAACCGACAGUUCCACAGAAACUACACCCGACAGUUCCACAUCGACUACAGCACCAGUAACAGUAUUCACAACGGACAGUUCCACAUCGACUACAGCACCAGUAACAGUAUCCACAACCGACAGUUCCACAUCGACUACAGCACCAGCAACAGAAACCACAACCGACAGUUCCACAUCGACUACAGCACCAGUAACAAUAACCACAAUCGACAGUUCCACAUCGACAUCACCAGUAACAGUAUCCACAACCGACAGUUCCACAUCGACGACAUCACCAGUAACAGUAUCCACAACCGACAGUUCCACAUCGACUACAGCACCAGCAACAGUAUCCACAUCCGACAGUUCCACGUCGACAACAGCACCAGAAACCACAGCAACAGCUGAACCAGUGAAAUAUACAGCAGAUAUCCAUGUUUCCAGUAUAGUUGCUACUGUUGGAGAACUCACGACAUCAAAAGCGUGCAUAGUCACUCCGCACGGAGAAUGGCUUCAAAUCAACGUAUCAGUCGAUUCGGGCGGGGUGUCACAUGUAAUUGGGAAAUUAGAUUACAACCAAUCUUUUGAAAACCCAUCGUCCCUGGACAGAUUUAAUGCUAGUAUCCGCAUGAAUGGUGAUACAGUUGAUGUGAUGGUGACUCUGAAUCUAACGGAACCAACAACCGAAAUCUGCUCCUGGGACAACAGUUAUAAAGUGUAUUGCUCUGUGAUUAUGAACGACACUUUUCCGACUAAGGUGGUCGAGUUCAAUGCAAUUUCCGUGACAGCUCCUAUGUCAGAAGUAAGCAUCGACUCUAAGGUACAUUACAACGAAGGUGAUCUGAUGACCUUCAAUUGUACAACGAAAGGGGAUCCGAAUUAUAGUUACUUUGAUGUUCAAUUAAUCAAAGAUUCCAACAUUUUUUACAACAAUUCCGGUGGAGACUUUGGGACUGGAACUAACUCCGACUGUUCCAUUGAUUUCAACUGGGUUGGUGGUCAAUUUCUUCCGCCGCUGACUUCCAAUCAAACCGGCGUCAUAAUCCGCUGUGUUGUAAGAAACACUGUACUGAAUACGACUAAGACAACUGAAAAGACGCUGAAUGUGUCAUCGUCAGCUACAACUGAACCAGUGAAAUAUACAGCAGAUGUCCAUGUUUCCAGUAUAGUUGCAACUGUUGGAGAACUCACGACAUCAAAAGCGUGCGUAGUCACUCCGCACGGAGAAUGGCUUCAAAUCAACGUAUCAGUCGAUUCGGGCGGGGUGUCACACGUCAUCGGGAAAUUAGAUUACAACCAAUCUUUUGAAAACCCAUCGUCCCUGGACAGAUUUAAUGCUAGUAUCCGCAUGAAUGGUGAUACAGUGGAUGUGAUGGUGACUCUGAAUCUAACGGAACCAACAACCGAAAUCUGCUCCUGGGACAACAGUUAUAAAGUGUAUUGCUCUGUGAUUAUGAACGACACUUUUCCGACUAAGGUGGUCGAGUUCAAUGCAAUUUCCGUGACAGCUGCUAUGUCAGAAGUAAGCAUCGACUCUAAGGUACAUUACAACGAAGAUGAUCUCAUGACCUUCAAUUGUACAACGAAAGUGGAUCCAGAUUAUAGUUACUUUCAUGCUGAAUUAAUCAAAGAUUCCAACACUCUUUUCACAAUUCCCGGUCCAGAUUUUGGGACUGGACUUAACACCGACUGUUCCAUUGAUUUCAACUGGGUUGGUGGUCCCCCUCUUCCGCUGACUUCCAAUCAAAACGGCGUCAUAGUCCGCUGUGUUGUACGAAACACUGUGCUGAAUAAGACUAAGAUUGCUGAAAAGACGUUGAAUGUAUCAUCUGCUGUGCCUUAA